GACAAGCUCGUCAGAAACUGCACCCAGAAUGUUACAUUGUAGCUCUCAACUUAGUGUUGUUAAGUGAGACAACACGAACCACAGUUUCUGCGUCGAAGUUCUGUGAAAGAAAGAAAAAAUGUACGCAAGGAUAGAAACAGAGCUUACACAGCCUUCCCAUCCACUCAGCAUUUCCUUCAGUGUUCCCCUCACUCCCUGCUUAAUGCACUAAUGAAAACAGCAGCAACAACAAUACAAGGCCCCUCAAGUCUUUCCAAAUAGCGUUCGAUUCACACAACGUUUCCACCAACACAGCCUUCCCAACAGUAUUCGCCAGCCUUUGUCUCAACCAAUCCUAUCAGUCAGACCGCUUCACCCCUUAGCAUUCCUUCCCCUCACCGCUCCUCACACAUAAUUUGCAUUGCCAGCGUUCCUCUCCAUCAGUCUUCCCCUCACCCAGCCUUUCACUAAUCGUUCCUCUUCCCCAGCCUUUCUCUCCUUCAGAAUUUCCCUCAGGGUUCCUCUAACGGUCCCAACGUCCCCCUCACACACACACUGCGCCUGAUCCACACAGCCCAAACGAGCCGUACAUUUUACAAGAAAGGGGACCAGAAUCGGAAUGCCCCGCUGCUGAGCUACCGACUUCCGGUUUGAGCCGGAAGGAAGAAGUAAGACGUCGGGGGCGCGCAGGUAGCAUCGUCCAGAUUCAGCGCUUGUCUUUCUAUUGCCUGUUCUCAAAACUUUUUACAGAUCAUGGAGAGGGGGAUUCAUUAAGGACUUCUUGUGCGUGCAUUAUGUCUGCUAACCCCUUGUUUGCCAAUAAGAAAAGGGAAAACUCUGUAUUGCACGGCACAGGGCGGGUACAAGUCGUCUCCUCUCUCAGUAUGCCACAAGCUGCCCAGAGCACUAACUAUGACAGAAGCAGGUAUCCUCCUCCAAAGCGUCACCGAGCGGCAGAUGCCAACUACAAGGCAAUGGACGACCCUUUUGAUGACAAUGAAGAUUUUACAGCUGACGACCUGGAAGAGAUUGACAUCCUUGCAUCACAAGCUUACACCCAGGACACAGGGAUGACAAGUAUCAGAACAAAUUAUCAGCAAGGGAAAGCUGUUAUAAUUAACCAGCCGGCAAAUACAUUAAAUGUCACAAAGCCACAGUCUUCAUCACACAGAAAUGAAAAGGAACAACAAGUAGCUCAUAAAGAAAAAUAUGCUGUGGAGUUGGAUGUUUUGCAGGUUCAUCAUGAAGAUUUGACGCAUAAGCUGAAGGAAUUACAAGAUGAAGUUCUUGUUAAAAAUGGUGAAAUCAAGGUCUUGCGUGAUGCUCUGCGUCAGACGGAGUCCAACCUGGAGCAGCAAAAAAUCUCUCAUGUGUUGAUGGAGAAGGAAAAAUCUCAGAUACAAAGCGAGAAGGAGCGAGAGCUUAACAAAAAAAUGCAAUCUUUGCAGUCAGAGUUGGAGUUUAAAGAUGCAGAAAUGAAUGAACUAAGAACAAAACUCCAGAACUGUGAACGCAGCAACAGGACUUCUGUACCAGUGGUUAGUCCUAAGAAAAGCCCCUCUAAAGGCCUGAAAUCAGAGGCUUGUUCAUCUCCACUGCCUGGGAGAAGCAGCUUUCCCACAAAGGAAUCAUUUUGCUCAGAUAUGAACCUCAGAACGCCCCCAUUAAUUUCAGCUCAGAUUGGUCCUCGAACUCCAGUUAUUAGUAAAGAACCUGAAGCUUUACCUAUGUCUUCGAAAACUUUCUCUUCAUUCUUCUAUGCCCAACGGAAAAACAGUCAAGGUUCUCUUUUGCUAAACGCUUUGAUGCAACAGCCCAUAUGCCCAGGAUCUCUUGGCCUCUGUAACCUUCUCAGUAGCAGCACAGAGUCUUUACCUGGCUCUCCCGGACGCAAUGCACAUGCAAAAAAUACCAGUGGAACAUCCUGCUCCAGUGUCUUGUCCUCGGCUCAGGGCUCUGCACUAAGAGACGCUCAGAAAUUAGCCCUUACUGGUCUUAAUUCCAUUGCGGUGGGUGAAGAUGUGACUUGCAAGAGGGAAACGGCAAUACAGAGUGGGUUAUUACACUUGAACAAACUGAGUCCCAUUGCAGGGGCUGUGCACCUUUUGCCUCUAGUUGAAUAUCACAUCACUGUAUACUGUCAAGCCCAGCAGACCUUUGAGAAGUCUGGACCAGGCCCCUCCAGAACAGAACAAAGUCUGGCCUCCAGUGUUGAGGACAUCCUCUACCAUCUUGUAGAACCUGCCUUGGCCUCUCUAAGGAUACUUUAUCAUCUGGUGUUUUACAGCCUGGAAGUAGUGAGCACUUUACUGAAGUGCACAACACAUUGCUCUGAGGCUGAACAGGAAUCCAGAACUUCAAAAUUGAAUACCGAUACUGUCUGUGAUGAUCAGCACUGUGAUAUUCAAUGUCCGCAUCCUUUGUUUGGUAAACUUGUACAGCUCUUGUGCGUCAAUAUCACCAUGUGCCAUAGAGACACCAUCUGGCACCAAACUCUGAGAGUACUGGUAAAAUUAGCAGAAAAUUCAUCCACUGAACUGUUGUCCAGCUUCCAGCACUUAUUAAAAAAGCCUUCACUGCUACUUUGCCUGGCUGCCGAGUCCCCCGUGUCUGUGGCCCACAUGACUGUCAGACUCCUGGCUGCACUCGCUGAUCACCAGAGGUUGUCUUCCCUGUUCUGUUCAUGCUCUGAAUCCUGCAUCCUGCUUGCACUCUACACGUACAUCACUUCAGGACCAGAUAAGUCUGCAUCAGAAUCGCUUUGGCUUCAGUUGGAGCAUGAGGUGGUUCGUUUCCUUACCAAACUGUCUGUGAUAGGCUGGAGCCCUCUCAGCACCACCUCAGAGACUUUAUGCCAGUGUAACCGAGAGGUUGUUAAAGCAGUGGUCCUGAUGCUGCACAGAGAAUGGCUGGGUUUGCGACGCUUGUCUCUAAAAGUACUGACUGCCACUAAAACCAAGAUGGUGCAGUUUUUACGGGAUGCUGUGCUUUUGCUGCACUCGCUCUCACAGAAAGACAGAAACUUUCAUGAGCACUGCCUGGAGGUCCUGCACCAGUAUGACCAGGCCUUACCCGGGGUCCGAAUCCUCUUCAAGAAGGUGCAGGUGUUGAAAGAUAAUGAAGAAUUUGCCUUGGAUGAACUCUGCCCCCCUGAAGUUGAAACAGAGGAUGAAUACAUGGAUUGCACAUGACUUUCUACCGUGGAUCUUCUGAUCAGCUAUACGCUGUCUCUUUUAAUGAACUUUUUUUAUGUCGGUACAGUUUUAUCUGGAAACUUUUUUCCUUCCGUUUCCAGUAUUGUGGAACUGUGAAUACUGUACUCCUGAAAUAAUAAAUUCUAACCUUCUACAAAACA